AAUCUACAACUUAUUCUUUUGCUUCUCAUUAAUCUUAUAUAUAGAUCAAAGAUCCUUUCUAUCUGUGGGUAGUUUGUGAUUUAUUAAUUGAUUAUAAGCUUUUUGAAGUUGAUAGUUAAGUAAAAAAAGUUAAUUAAGUGUUUUUGAUAGAGAAGAUGGUUUGUUUGGUAUCUCGUUCUGGAAGGCAGAUGCAAAGAUACAAUGAAACUGGUGGUCGUCAAGUUGUAGGGUGCAUCCCAUACAGAUAUAAACAAGACAUUGAUGGCAAUAUGGGUAAUGAAUUGGAAGUACUUGUUGUUAGUUCACAAAAGGGUCAAUCAUUUAUGUUUCCAAAGGGUGGAUGGGAACUUGAUGAAUCUUUAGAAGAAGCAGCUUGCAGAGAAUCCCUUGAAGAAGCAGGAGUUAUAGGAACUGUUGAGCAUGAAUUGGGUGAAUGGAGUUUCAUUAGCAAGAGAUAUGGUACAUACUAUGAAGGUCACAUGUUUCCCUUACUUGUUAAGGAACAACUUGAACACUGGCCUGAGAAAAAUCUACGUACAAGAAUAUGGAUGAAUGUUGUUGAAGCAAGAGAUGUUUGUCAGCAUUGGUGGAUGAAGGAAGCUUUAGAUAUACUUGUUGAUAGGUUAACUCUACAGAAAAAUAAGAACAUUUAGCUAGAAGUAAUUAUUGGAAAAUGUUUUGCAUUUCUAUAGUAAUAUUGCAAAAAAAAAAUAUAGAGUGUUAUGCAAAGUGGGAAAUUUUUUUCUCUCUCAUAUUUUCUCAUGUGUCACGUGAGAGAGUUCAUAUUUCCUGCAAAGGCAGAAGUUAAAAAUGAGAUGUACCAGUUCCUUUGUAUUUAUCAGAUAAAAAAUUAAAUCAUUUGUAUUUAA